GGAAGAUGGCGGGAGGGCGACUCUGAGGAGACCUCGGCGGCGGCGGAGGAGGAGAGAAGCGCAGCGCCGCGCCGCGCCGGGGCCCAUGUGGGGAGGAGUCGGAGUCGCUGUUGCCGCCGCCGCCGCCGCCUGUAGCUGCUGGACUCGGGUGGGAGUGAGGGGGACCCGGCAGGAUGAAGUUCGCCGAGCACCUCUCCGCGCACAUCACUCCCGAGUGGAGGAAGCAAUACAUCCAGUAUGAGGCUUUCAAGGAUAUGCUGUAUUCAGCUCAAGACCAGGCACCUUCUGUGGAAGUUACAGAUGAAGACACAGUAAAGAGGUAUUUUGCCAAGUUUGAAGAAAAAUUUUUCCAAACCUGUGAAAAGGAACUUGCCAAAAUCAACACAUUUUAUUCAGAAAAACUUGCAGAGGCUCAACGCAGGUUUGCUACACUUCAGAAUGAGCUUCAGUCAUCACUGGAUGCACAGAAAGAAACCACUGGUGUUACUACAUUGCGACAACGCAGAAAGCCGGUCUUCCACCUGUCACAUGAGGAACGUGUCCAACAUAGGAAUAUUAAAGACCUUAAACUGGCAUUCAGUGAGUUCUACCUCAGUCUUAUCCUGCUGCAGAACUAUCAGAAUCUGAAUUUUACAGGGUUUCGAAAAAUCCUUAAAAAGCAUGACAAGAUUCUGGAAACAUCUCGUGGAGCAGAUUGGAGAGUGGCUCAUGUAGAAGUGGCCCCAUUCUAUACGUGCAAGAAAAUCAAUCAGCUCAUCUCUGAAACUGAGGCUGUAGUGACCAAUGAACUUGAAGAUGGUGACAGACAAAAGGCUAUGAAACGAUUGCGUGUGCCCCCUCUGGGAGCUGCUCAGCCUGCACCAGCAUGGACUACUUUUAGGGUUGGCCUAUUUUGUGGAAUAUUCAUUGUACUAAAUAUUACCCUUGUGCUUGCAGCUGUGUUUAAACUUGAAACAGAUACAGGUAUAUGGCCCUUGAUAAGAAUCUAUCGUGGUGGCUUUCUUCUGAUUGAAUUCCUUUUUCUACUUGGCAUCAAUACAUAUGGUUGGAGACAGGCUGGAGUAAAUCAUGUGCUCAUCUUUGAACUUAAUCCAAGAAGCAAUUUGUCUCAUCAACAUCUUUUUGAGAUUGCUGGAUUCCUGGGGAUACUGUGGUGCCUGAGCCUUUUGGCAUGCUUCUUUGCUCCAAUUAGUGUCAUCCCCACAUAUGUCUAUCCACUUGCCCUUUAUGGAUUUAUGAUCUUCUUUCUUAUCAACCCCACCAAAACUUUUUAUUAUAAGUCUCGGUUUUGGCUCCUUAAGCUGCUGUUUCGAGUAUUUACAGCCCCCUUCCAUAAAGUAGGCUUUGCUGAUUUCUGGCUAGCUGAUCAGCUGAACAGCCUGUCAGUGAUACUAAUGGACCUGGAAUAUAUGAUCUGCUUCUACAGUUUUGAGCUCAAAUGGGAUGAAAAUACUGGUCUGUUGCCAAAUGCAGGUAGGAAGAGAGGACACUCUGACACUAAUGUGUUCUUUUACUUGUGGAUCGUCUUUUGUAUCAUCAGUUCCUGCUACACCCUCAUCUGGGAUCUAAAGAUGGAUUGGGGUCUAUUUGAUAAGAAUGCUGGAGAAAACACUUUCCUCCGGGAAGAGAUUGUAUAUCCUCAAAAAGCUUACUACUACUGUGCCAUCAUAGAGGAUGUCAUACUGCGCUUUGCUUGGACUAUCCAAAUCUCAAUUACCUCUACAACUAAGUUGUCUAAUGUUGGGGACAUCAUUGCAACUGUCUUUGCCCCCCUUGAAGUUUUCCGGCGUUUUGUGUGGAACUUCUUCCGUCUGGAGAAUGAACAUCUAAAUAACUGUGGUGAAUUCCGUGCUGUGCGAGACAUCUCCGUGGCUCCACUGAAUGCAGAUGAUCAGACACUUCUUGAGCAGAUGAUGGACCAGGAAGAUGGGGUUCGAAACCGCCAAAAGAAUCGGUCAUGGAAGUAUAACCAGAGCAUAUCCCUGCGCCGGCCUCGCCUUGCUUCUCAAUCCAAGACUCGUGACACUAAAGUAUUGAUAGAAGACACGGAUGAUGAAGCUAACACUUGAAUUCUCUGAAGUCUAGAUUAACAUCCUGGUUUUCCUACUCUACAAUUCUUUCCUCGACCAACGCAACCUCUAGUACCUUUUUUCCAGCUGAAAACAGGAGAAAAAAACAUAACACAUUUUCCGAGCUCUUCCAGAUCGGAUCCUAUGGACUCCAAACAAGCUCACUGUGUUUCUUUUCUUUUCUUCUGGUUUAAUCUUAAUUUUCUAUUUUUAAAACAAAUACUUCAUUUUGCCAAUUAGAGGAUGUUUUAAGAAACAAAAACAUAGUAUCUUAUGGAUUGUUUACAAUCACAAGGACACAGAUAUCUAUCAAGAUGAAGAACAGAACAGGCAUUGAAAGGACCCUCUGAUGGGAUAGUAUGGAGAUGUCUCUCAGCUUCUGCUUUGCCGGUUUUGACUGGUUGAAACCGGACAUUGGUUUUUAAAUUUUGUCAGUUUAUGUGGAGAAUUUUUUCCUUUCCUUUCCUUCAUACCCAGCACAAAGGCACUGGCUGCACUUGCAGGAAAAGUGCAACUUAGAGCAGUACCUUCAUUCAUGAAGCUACUUUUUAAUUUGAUUUAACUUUUCUUAUUUGGGGGAGGGUUGUUGGGGGGGUGGGCAAUAUGAUGUAUUUGUUACAUAUGGUUUUCUCAUUAUUUAUGAACUUAACCAUAAAAGAAUGAUAUAACUCCUGUGCAAUGAUAGUGAUAACAGUGAAAGAAGAUGGGGGAAACUAAUGUUGGAUGGCAUUUAUGAGUCCCACAUACCUCUUUCAGGAUACAACUUGCACCAGUUUGACUUUUUCUCUUUCUAAUUUUAAGCCAAAGUUUUAUUACUAAAUUUUAAGUUGCUGCUGCUUUAGAGUCCUGAGCAUCUCUCAUAAUAAAGCAUCCCACACGCUUCUAUACUCCUCCUAGUUGAAAUUCAUGUAAGAGGUUCUGGUACUUAGUUUUUUAGAAGUAGAUGUGGACUAUGUUUGCCCACAUCCUAGCCAUAACAACUAAAAUUAUGCCUUACUAUGCUCCAGCAUGUAGGGGAAUUGUAAUACAAUACUGAGUUGAAAGACAGCUAUUUUGGAGGUUCUUCACACCAAUACUAGGUAUUUUUUCCUCUGCUCUUACCCACUUAAGCCAGAAUUGAUCAAAUUAAAAGUCCAUUGUGGGGAACCAUAUACUGUUGUGAAUAACAAGGGUGUCCUCAUAUUAUAUUGCUACAUAUUGCUACAAAAGACCUUGUUAGCAGUUUCUGCCAGCAGUUUUAAGAAAUAACCACUGAGUUUUCUGCCCUGCCAUGGUAGAAACCUGAGCUAAAAUGUUGCAAUCUAAACCUGGACAUACAUAAAAAUAUAUAUACAUUCAUAUAUACAUAUACCAGACUAAUAUGGUCUGUAUACAAUACCAAUUCUCACUUGCUUUUCUCAUUCCUUUUCCUCCUAAGAUGUCCAUUAAAUUUAGCAUUUCAUGGUUGGGGUGUAUUUCAGUAGUGGAAAUACUUGCCAAGAAAAUUAAGGCCCUAGGUACAGCCUCAAGCACUGAAAAAAUAUACAUAUAUAUAUAUAUAUAUAUAUAUAAUCUACCAAAAUUAAUAUAAAACUAUUAGGAAAAAGUAGUCUUUUAAUGCCCACUCAAGACCCAGAUGAAGUUCCAAAGUCAAACAUCAGUAGAUUCAUGAAAGUAAAAUUUUAUGACAUUCACAUUUAUUUUUAGACCAAGAAACAACCAAGUAGAAAGGCAGCUGUUAACAGUUCCUCACGCUUAAUGCUCUUCAACUUAGGUUUUUGUUAUCAGACCGUCUUCUCCGUAUCAUAAAACUUCACUCCCUGCUAUUGAUAAAUUUCUAUCAGUUAACUGACAAAUUUUUUAAAAGGAGUUUCUUACAUUUUUAUUCUGAUAAGCUUCCAAAAUUUGUUCCCUGUAUGAACUGAAAAUUUGUUCCCUGUAUGAACUGAAAAUUUCUUUUUCCUGAAAAAUCAUACAACUUUGUGGCUUCUAUGGCUAUCAUUUGUUUUGCCAAGCAAUCCCUUUCUUAAGACAGAAGGGAAAUGUUUACUUUUUCUUAAUUUUAAAUAAAUCCUGCCUAAUAAUCAGUGGCGACAAUAUACUAAGAGACCUUUAGUAGAUAAAAGGCUAUAUUAUUUCUACUUUAGAAUUUUUCCCUAACCUGUUUUUUUAUACUUUAAAACUUUGAGGGAACUAUUACUAGUCUAUCAAGCAAUAGCAGUAAUUAUUAGUAUAUGUAGAAGACCAGUGGUCAGUCAUUUCUUAGACAAAAUUGCUGGUACUCUGUAUCUAGAGCCACUUGAAUUGUCAGCUCCAUUCUCUGUUAGUGAAUCUAGGUGAUGGUACAGAGAAAAUCUUACCUUAAAUGCUGGUAUUUCAACUCCUGGUUUUUACUUCAGUGUAUCAAAUGGAUAGUUUGUUCUUUCUCCUCUAGGCCCCAUCAGUCUUCUUUUUUCAUAGGUAAUACACUGAUAAAAAAUACAUUUUUUUCUUUUUCUGGUAUGUUUGUCCUGUUGGUGUAUAGGCUGCUUAGAAAUAAGGCUUAUGAACUUUCAGCUUACUGUGACAAAGUCUCAAAUACCUAAUUAAACAUCCAUUUCUUUCCUCUUAGAACUGUAAUGAGAAAAAGGGCAUCCCUCACCAAAAGUGUUUGGAAGACAAAGUAAUACACGUUUACAUUCUUUCCCUCAUAAAAAAGUAAUGCACCUUUUCCACCUUUUCUGUGCUCUAGUACUUGUGAAUGUAAUAUCCUGCCUAAAAUUUUAUUGGAGACUCGUAUAUACUAAAACUCUUGAUAGCUUCAUUCUUAGUUUAAUCAAAGGUGUAAAAUAUUAUCUGAUAUAGAAAUUCUAGUGUUUUUAUUUGAGAACCACUCCAUUUUUAAUACCAGUUAAAAUAUCCCCCAGAGGAAUGAGGAGAAAAACUCUAAACAAAAGAAUAAAAUUCACUUUUUAGAUUUAUGUAAGUAUGAAAGCACUUGUGUAUGCAGAGAAAUUAGAAAACAACGAUGUUUUAUUUGGUAGGCACUAUUUUAAGCACUCUCACUUAAGGCUGCCUGUCAUUAGACUCCUUAGGCAAACUGCUUCACUUCAGACUCAGAAACUAGCAGUCAAUAGUAACCUAUACUAACUGUUAAAGAAGGAAAAUUGUGGCCAGGAUCCAUGACUCAAAAUGCUUUUCUGCUAUUUUAACUGAGCUCUUACUGGAUUUGUUCACAUAUGCUAGCUUUCUACCAUCAUUAGAUCAAGUACAUUCACCAGAGAAAGCUUCUCAUUCGUUUCUGAACAGGUGAACUAAGGUAAGAACACACAGCAAAUUAGCAGACAUAUGGUUGAAGAGUAAAAAAAUAAUUUUGGAUCUAACAGAGAAGAGUGGAAGACGUUGGACCUUGGCAGUAGAUGCAGGGCCAUUUGAAAAGUGUGUGAGCUCAGUGACAUGUUGGUGAUGCCUCUCCAGACCUCUCUCCCUGAUUAUGUUGUGGAGAAAGAGCUGCCGUGAUAGAUGUUCUUAUUGUUCCCUCACUAUUUUACCUUACAUUCUAAGAAAAA